AAGGAAAAAGAAGAAGUAGCACGUUAAUAGUAGGGUGUGUUUCAGAAUAGAGGAGCAAAACUUUUAAUAUUUUGAGACAUGAUUCGAAAUCGAACGUUGGAUAUAUACUUUUGUAAUCCUUUUAGCUGCCGUCGACACACGCGGUCUUGGUAACAAUGUGCGUUCAACGAGGUCGUAUACCCAAACUGGAAAACCUUAAAUCUUGUCAAAAUGGAACUUUAGCGAUAAAUUUGUCAUCGUUAAACAAGCGCAACGCAAGUUUAUUAAUAGCGUAUCCACAACCAGGCACAUGGUACAUUAUUAUUCUUGCUACAUGUUAUACGUAUGGUACACCUGUACCCUGUCAAAUCGAAAAAAUGUCAAUACUACUGAACAUACAUACCAGAAAGUGUACAUUUUCUGACCAAAGUCCUUGCGGUAAUCACGGCAUUUGUCAAGAAAUUCAAAAGAAUAUCCUUCAUUAUGCGACGUGCACGUGUUUUAAAGGUUACACAGGAUGGGAUUGCACCGAUAUUUCGAGUACCGUAUCUGCUAUUCCUCUCAUUAGUGCCAUGCUGCUCGUCAUGAGCAAUAUCUUUUUCGUACCAGCCAUAUAUAUAGCCGUAAAACGAAAGCUAUAUGCAGAAGGGCUGGUGUACUUGGUUACCAUGCUGUUCUCGUCUUUGUAUCACGCCUGUGAUCAAAGUGACGGACAAUUUUGUAUUACAAAGUACGAGAUUUUACAAUACAGCGACUUUUUUUCGAGUAUCUUGGCAUUUUGGGUGACAUUGGUAGCAAUGGCGGAAUUACCGAUUGCUUUUGUACCAUUGUGCCAUAUGACGGGAGUGUUUAUAAUCACUUUUGGGAUGCAACGUGACAGAAUGUGUUUAAUCAGUACAUCAAUACCGCUAUCAUUGGGUAUUAUCAUACCGCUUCUGUUACAGAUUUUUACACACACUUACCGUAUUUUUCAAUCCAAGAAAUGCAAAAAACCAAGCAAAAGGAUACUAUUAGGUUUGCUCUUUGCUAUUACAGGUUUAUUACUUUACUCUUUCAUUGAAACGGAGAAAAACUAUCAAUACGUUCACAGUGUUUGGCACAUUAUCAUGGCGAUAUCGCUAAUAUUCCUGUUGCCACCGGCAAAAUCGCAACACACUACAUCAUUGACAAAUACUUCAUUCAACGAUGAUAGCGAAUCAUGGAAUUGGAAAGAGUCUUAUAGGAUCCCCACAUUUGCGAUAAUUGAUCAGGAAAAUCGAACGAUCGCGUCAAAUUAAUAUAUCAUGUCUGUGAAACAGC